UUCAGCAGCACGCACAAAGAACGCACCACAAACAGGCUUCAGGAGGCCGGGUGUGGGUAGAUAUAGAAGGCCUCGGCGUGCAUAGAUAGAGCGAGGCAGGAGCUAUAGAGCCAUCAUCCUCAUCUGUUGCGAAGGCUCAGUCUGCUACGCAUAUAAAGUUGUGCAGACUUGGGAAAAGGGGAGAAUCCCGCCCGAGCAUUCGCACUGCUAAACGACUGGCAAGCGUCUUGAGACCUCCUGCACCUCGACCUACUCCUUCUACUAUCCAAGCUCACCAAGGCCCUUCCCUCUUCCCUCAAGCUCUUUGUGUUGCGACAUCUCACUGCAGUCUGCAGUUGAGCUAUAAGCGACAGCUCAAGCGAUCAGCGACCGUUGCAACGGCUCUCCUGCAUAACGGCCGCCCGGUGCAGCGACAAUCAGAUCUAGCGAGUGCACAUCGUCAGCACUCGCACCCAAAUUCGCAUAGCCAAGAGCAGCACUGGCUACGACAGGCGACAUCAUGGACCAAGAUCUCUUCUGCUACGACAGACAGGCGUCGCAACAAUCACACUUCCACGAACGUCCUCAGGAGCCGUCUCGCGAGCCCUCAGAUCAGACAAUCCAGGCGAAAGCAGACUUCAAUGAAGAUUCUACAGACUACAGGUCAGACGGAGAUGAACCAGCAGGCUCGCACGACUGGCCGUUUAGGGAUCGCUAUUUGAUGGAGCGUCGGCAAUCACGGUCACGUCAACCAGGACCAUCUUAUGGGUCGCAGGACGACUAUGGGGUGCCGUAUGAUAUCUACAACAGGGAAGGCGGGCCUUACUGGUCAGCCUAUCCUUCUGAUGAUGAAACGGGAAGCCUCGAUUGGGAUUCAAGCUUUGAUCCAUUUACGUCGUCUACGUUUCGCCGUGGCAGUAUUGUCCUUGAUUCUGCCGCUGCGACACCUUCCCUCGCCCCAUCACCCAGUUCGCCAAGCGUGAAUCCAGCUGCGAGAUUGAGAAGCAGUACCGAUGCACUUCGUGAGUUUGGGAAGAGAUUUCUAAGUCGUGCAUCCAAGCACAGUAGUCGCAAGACUUCUAUCAAGGAUGAGUCUCCAGUCUCUGGCGAACAGCAGCAGUAUCCACAGCGUGUCACGGGGCAUCGCUCGCGACACUCUGGCGGUAGUUCAACAACCAACACGAGUGCUUCUGUUGGUCGAACACGUUCCAAUACGGUUGACUCAACGGCUUCACGGCUGUCGACUUCUGCCAUUCACAAAAGCCCUGCGCAUGUACAAACACCGAUUGGCCUUGCCAUUGCGUUGCCCUUGGCAGAUGAGGCGGAAGAAGAAGCAGAGCAACCACCAGCUGCUAUGGUUUCAACAACAGAUCUCACGGCACCGCCCUCACCCGUCCUCCAAUCACCCCUGCAACAACAGCAACAAGCGUCAGAGAGUUAUUUUAGAGAACACUCGCCUUCCUUACUCCCUUCACUCAUCCGCGAUGAGAUCUUCCCAGACUCGACAUUCUUACAUCAUGAAGCGACGAUUGCAACGCCAAGUCUACCAUCACCGUCGUUAGAGACAUUAGAGGCUUCCCAGCAUUUGAGGACCCCUGCACCUCUACCUAGUACAAUUCCCUUGACACCGAUGGGACUGAGUGUCUAUCACGGCGAUGGCGAACCUGGUCUUGCUGAGUUGAUGGAGCAAAUGCAGCAGGAAGACGCAGCAUUUGAAGAAACUGAACGCAGCAUGACGACGAGUGGGUGGUCGAGUGAAGCAGAGAUUAAUGAAUUAAGGAGACGCCGACGUGACAAUCAAACGGAGUGGCAGGCGAAAGUACAGCAGGUUCUGGAUGAGCAUGAACAGCAGCAACAACAGACCAUUCGAGGUUUGCAGACGCAGACCCUGACAGUGCCUGUGGUUGAGGAUGAGGUGGUUUUGGCGAAACCUGAGCUUGCUACCGUUGUUGAAGGCUCUGGCUCAUGUGAAGGCCAGGCGAUAUGAGAGAUAUGCAUGAUGUGAUGGAGAUGACUGAUAUAUGGCAUUUUAGACAACUAGAUUGGACAGAAGACCUAUAGAAGCAGCAACCGGCUCAAUGUUUCACUAGU